UGCCGUGCAGAUACGUGCGUGAUUGUUUCUAGGUUAUAAUUUUCUUUGUGCUGUUAUUAUUUGAAGUACAUAUACAAUAUACAUAAUACAUAAUUCUAAAAGAAUUAGCUACAAGAAAUGGCUUUCGUGAGAAAAAAAUCGCCUUUAUGGGAUUAAUUUGACAUAAACAGUAAAAAUAAUAAGUUAGCUCUAUGUUUAUUAUGCAAUGAUAACAUUUCUCGUGGCGGUGAAGGGAAAAAUGCAGAUAUGUAUCUUAUAAUAAAUAAUAAUAAUGUAUUGUUUUUUUUGUGUUUGAGAGUAUCCUUGACAGACGUGAAGAAAGCCGAGGUGAAAUUUAAACCAGUCAGAGAAGUAAAAAUUAAGAGGAAGGGAAACAACAGGGUAAUUAAGAUCCAAGGAACAAAGUUACGAAAGAAAUUGGCCCAAGGGGAAAACUGAAUGAGAAAUAAUCGGAAAAAUAAAAAUAAAGAAAUAAAGAGGUUAGAACAAACUGAGACAGGUUGAUUGAGAGGUGAGAAAACGCCAUCUAGAAAUUGUAUACAAAGACAUUAAUAAGAGACAAAUACAGGACACUAGUUUCGAAAAUAGCAGUCCAGAAAAUAAAUAAUCUACCAAAAUAAGGAACAGGGCACCUGAACCAAUAAGUAUGCAGACAAUAUUAGAGGAAAUGAGGAAUAUGAAUGAGAAAAUGAACCAAAGACUUGAUAAGAACAAGGACGAAAUGAAACAAUGUAUGUACGAAGGUUUCGAACAACAACGGCAGGAAAUAAACGUCCUCAAACAGGAAAUAAAAGAAAUACAGGAAAUCAACAAGAUGAAAGAGGAAGAAUGGAAAAACGAAAAGGAGGAAAUAAUGGAACACGUAGCCAAGCUGGAAAACCAAAUAGAAUACAUAGAGAAGAAAGAAAAACGGAAUAACAUAGUUAUAAAAAAUAUGCAGAUCAAGAAUGGCAACGUGAAGGAAGAAGUUGGAAAAUUCAUUAAAGAAUACAUAGGGGUAGAUGCUUAUAUAACCGAGGCGGAGAGGAUUAAUUAUAGAACAAUAAAAGCUAAGAUACAGGAUGCAGAGCAGAAAGAGAUCAUAAUGAAGGCCAAGAGCAAGCUAAAGGACACAAAAAUAUUUAUAGAGAGUGAGCUCACUAGAAAUGAAAUGAGCAUUCAGAAACAGAUAUAUGAAAGGGCUAAAGAGGAGAGAGGAGGGAGCGACAGUUAAAAUAGGAUACAAACGAUUAUCCAUAAAUGGAAGAAUGAUAAAAUGGGAAGAAAUGCAACAACAGAUGGCCAAUCCAAAAAACCAAAUAGCAGGAACACAAUAAACAAGACAACAAAUCGUAGAGGAUGGAGACGACGCAAGGAAAUAAUAACAAUUGGAACAUGGAACAUACGACCGCUAUUACAAGUAGGAAAGAUGAACGAAGUGGCUGAUCAAGCAAUAAAGAAUAAAAUAGACAUAACAGCUCUACAAGAGCUGAGAUGGAAAGGAGAAGGUGAAGUUACCAACCAAAAUUAUACACUAUUCUACUCCGGAGGAAAUAAGCAAGGAAAAAAUGGAGUCGGUUUCAUCGUGACAAACAAAUUCAGAAAACAUAUCAUAGAACAUAAAGCACAUAGCGAUAGGAUAUCAUAUAUACGAAUAAAAAUGGCAACAUACAACGUAACAUUAGUAAAUGUUUAUGCCCCACCCGAAACCACCAUUAACGAAGAGAAAGAGCAAUGGUACGAAAAAUUAGAAGAGGUAUAUGAACAAAUCAACAACCGAGACACAAUAAUAAUAGCAGGGGACUACAAUGCGCAAACUUUGUAACUUUGCAGCAAGCAAUGGAUUCAUUAUCGCCAGCACAAAAUUCAACCAUAAGCAUGAAGAUAAAGUAACAUGGAACGCCCCAGGAGGAAGAUAUAGUACUCAAAUCGAUCACAUUUUAAUAAGAGAAGAUAGACAAAGCCUAAUAGAAGAUGUAUAUACAGAGAAGGCGGCAAAUGUGGAAACAGACCACUUCAUGGUGGUGGCGAAAGUACGUAUAAAGAAAACAAACCAAAACAAGAAGCAAAGUAAGAAAGCUAGAUGGAGUAUAGACAAACUGAAACAAGAGGAGGUACGAGCCAAAUAUGAAGAGGAAAUGGAAAAAGAACUUGAAAGUCAGGAAAGUGGCAUGGAAGUAAGGGAGAAAUGGAUGAAACUUAAAGCAUGUCUAAACAAAACAGCGCAAAACGUAUUGGGUACGGAACAGAAGCAGAAGCAGACACAAUGGUGGAAUGAGAAAUGCAAGGAAUUAGUAAGAAGAAAAACCGAAGCAAGAGACAAAUAUAUGAAGACUGGAGAUGACAAUGACAAAGAGAACUAUAGGAAGGCGAGGAAUGAAGCAAACCACGGAAUAAGGGAGGUGAAGAAUCAAUGGAUGAACCAUAAGUUACAAACCGCUGAAAAUCAGAUGAAGAACAAUAAUACCAGAAAAUUCUACCAAGACAUUAAGAAAAUGAAUACCAUAAAAAGCACCAGGCAAACUACAAAGAUGAAGAACAAGCACGGAAAAACAGCAGAAACCGAGGAAGAAGAAAAGCAAAUAUGGGAAGAAUACUUCAUGACAAUCCUGACUGAAGACAAGACUCAAAGAAGAAAUCUGGGAGUGGGACAAGAAGAAGAAAGGUGUGAAAGAAAUGAGCAAAUAUCAAUAGCCGAGCAAGAUAUAAAAGAAAUAAUAAAGAAACUGAAGAAUGGGAAGACACCUGGACCCGAUGGAAUAAACAAUGAACUAAUAAAGUAUGGAGGAGAUCGAGUGGUCAAAGAAAUACACGAGAUAAUAAAUCAAAUAUGGGAUAUGGAACAUGUACCGGAAGAAUGGGGUAUAGGAGCAAUAUAUCCAAUUCACAAAAAGGAGACAAACAGAUAUGUGACAACUAUAGAGGCAUCACCAUGCUCAACUCCACAUACAAGAUGCUGA